AACAGCGCUCCAAGCCGGGCGAGGCCCCCCCGGAGGGGCCCCCCCCCGAGGGCCCCCGGCCGUGCCGGGCGGCGCGCCCUGGGGGCUGGGCGCGCGCCCCGCGCGAUGGCGCGCGAGCUGGUGCACAGGGCCGACCAGAAGCUGAAGGGCGGCUUCCUGGCCUGCCUGGCGGGCUCGCGGAGGUACGAGGAGGCUUCAGAGCUGUACGAGCAGGCGGCGAACCAGUUCAAGAUCUCGAGGGACUGGCAGGAGGCCGCGAACUGCUUCUCUCAGUGCGCGCACUGUGCAUCUGUGAUGGGUUCGAACUCUGACGAGGCCAAGUACUUCGAAGAGGCCGGCGGCAUGCUCAAGAAAAUAUCGACUGCACAGGCCGUGGAGCAGUACGAAAAAGCAAUAGGCAUCCAUUCUGCUUGCGGCUCCUUCCAGCGCUCUGGCAAGCUACUGAUGUCUGUAGCUGAGCUGUACGAGGCGGAGAACCUGCAAGACACAAAGGUGAAAGAAUACUACAAACGUGCAGCAGAGAUGUUUGAGUUAGAUGAGCACGGCAAGUCCAACCUGUCCAAGUGCAUGCAGAAAGUCGCUCUGUAUGCAGCCAGGGAUGGUGACCUAGAUGAGGCGAUCAAGAUCUUCGAGAACGAGGGCGAGAAAGCAACCCAGAAUAGUAUGCUCCAGUACGGGGCCAAGGAACACUUCCUGAAUGCGGGCAUCUUGCAUCUGGUCGGCGGCGACAGCGUCACCGUUAAUAUUGCAUUGGAGAGAUACCGGGGCCUUGACCCGCGCUUCGAGUCCUCAAGGGAAGGCCUUCUGUUGAGCUCCCUUGCGGAAGCGUUAGAGGGGCAAGACACAGAUUUGUUCGUGGAGAAGCUCAGCGAGUACGAUGGUGUGACGAAGCUCGACCCAUGGCGAACACAGUUUCUGCUCAAGGUCAAGGAGCACUUCACAUCAACGACAGCCAACACCGUCGACAGCGUUGAUCUUUCGUGA